AUGUCAGUCACAGUAUCCGUCAAUCACAGUAUCCGUCAGUCACAGUAUCUAUCAUUCACAGUGUCCGUCAAUCACAGUAUCUAUCAGUCACAGUAUCUAUCAGUCACAGUAUCCGUCAAUCACAGUAUCUAUCAGUCACAGUAUCCGUCAAUCACAGUAUCUAUCAGUCACAGUAUCUAUCAGUCACAGUAUCUAUCGGUCACAGUAUCCGUCAGUCACAUUAUCUAUCAGUCACAGUAUCUGCCAGUCACAGUAUCUAUCAGUCACAGUAUCCGUCAGUCACAGUAUCCGUCAAUCACAGUAUCUAUCAGUCACGGUAUAUAUCAGUCACAGUAUCCGUCAGUCACAGUAUCCGUCAAUCACAGUAUCUAUCAGUCACAGUAUCCGUCAAUCACAGUAUCUAUCAGUCACAGUAUCUAUCAGUCACAGUAUCCGUCAAUCACAGUAUCUAUCAGUCACAGUAUCCGUCAAUCACAGUAUCUAUCAGUCACAGUAUCUAUCAGUCACAGUAUCUAUCAGUCACAGUAUCCGUCAGUCACAUUAUCUAUCAGUCACAGUAUCCGUCAAUCACAGUAUCUAUCAGUCACAGUAUCCGUCAAUCACAGUAUCUAUCAGUCACAGUAUCCGUCUGUCACAGUAUCCGUCAAUCACAGUAUCCGUCAGUCACAGUAUCCGUCAGUCACAGUUUCCGUCAAUCACAGUAUCUAUCAAUCACAGUAUCUGUCAGUCACAAUAUCCGUCAGUCACAGUACCCGUCAGUCACAGUAUCCGUCAGUCACAGUAUCCGUCAAUCACAGUAUCUAUCAGUCACAGUAUCCGUCUGUCACAGUAUCCGUCAAUCACAGUAUCCGUCAGUCACAGUAUCCGUCAGUCACAGUUUCUGUCAAUCACAGUAUCUAUCAAUCACAGUAUCUGUCAGUCACAAUAUCCGUCAGUCACAGUACCCGUCAGUCACAGUAUCCGUCAGUCACAAGAAGCAUGUCCCCGAAUCCUCAUAGAAACUGGGGUGCUUCGUUCCCCAUUGAUCCCAGUCAGUCAGUCAGUCAGUCAGUCAGUCAGUCACCCGAACUGUACCCCCUGCUUUCGCUGCACCUAGCGCAGGCUGACCAUAUAUGUACCUGA